AUGAGCCUUUCCAUCGACGACCUCGUAUCCUCCCUUUCCUCCAGCCACAUUGGCCAAGAGGCGAUGGACAUUGCAGCGCUACAGGCGCAACUUGCCCAGACACUUGCCCAAGCCAUCCAGCAAUCGGCAAGUGGACAAUAUACGCAGCGAGCAAAUCGCGCACAGACAUGCAACACGCCCAUCGCACAGACUCCGUCUUCGAGUAUGAGCUUUGCGGACGCGCAGCGCUUCUACGAGACCGUCCCCCGGCGGGGUAGCCAACAUGAUGACCACUCAUACCCCGCCACUGAGCAGAUGGAAGAGGAUGAAAGGAUGGUCGAGGAUCUUCUAAUGCCUCAAUCAUCGUCAGCCACCAACGGAGCAUCGAGUUUUGAGCAACAUGCCUACCAAAACCACUCCCCGUCCUACACCUACACCUCCCCAUUCACAAACGACCCUUACCCCAACUCAUCUUUUGCCACCACCGACCCGUUCUACCAACAGGCCGCCAAAAGCCACUCAAUGAACACGUCGCCGUCUUCCAUAUUCUCACAAGCAGGCCGCCCUUCCCAUCAUUCUCCCUUUCUAGCUGCACAAAAGCAGAAAUAG